GAAAACCAGACGGCAAAAACAGGUCGUCGAAGUUCGCAUUUAUUUUUACUUUUAAGAACAGCUGCAUACCUUCCAUUUGGGAACAAGAUGUUAAAAAGUAUCUGAUGUUUGCAUACCUCUUCACGACUGAUCUAAUCAACGAAGUAAGUGAUUAUCAUAAAAAACACGAGUUGAAAUUGGUGUUUGGUUCUAAACUAUACGGGAACGGGCCAUGGAUCUUGGCGUAGUUCGCGUGGCAGACGAUGAGGAUUUCACGGCGUUUCGUCGGCUGGUCGAUGGGACGGAUGGCUGGGCCAAGAAAUUUGACAAAAAUGGCACCCGUGUUUGGCUGCACAACAAUUCGGACACAGAGACUGCAAGAGUACGAAUGAUAAAGGUCAGUAAAACAUUCCAAGAUGUAAGUGCAGCAGUAACGUAUGAUGUUCUCCAUGAUGCUGCCUAUAGGAAAAAAUGGGAUCGCAUGAUGGUAGAAGGUUACGAAUUGUGCAAAGUCAACUGGACUAAUGAUAUUAGCUACUAUCAAAUGAAGUGUCCAUCACCUCUGAAGAACCGGGACUUUGUCAUGCAAAGAACAUGGUUAGAAACUGGCAAUGAAUUUAUCAUCUUCAAUCACUCAGUGUUUCACAAGAAAAUACCACCCAAGAAAGGUGUUAUUAGAGGCCAUUCCUAUUUGACAGGAUACAUGAUAAGACCAAAGGGAGCCAACUCCUGCGAUAUCACAUAUGUAACAAGAUCCGAUCCUAAAGGUUCCUUAAAAGCCUGGGUCAUCAACAGAUUAGCUCAUUUUGUCGCACCAAAGGUUGUUGAUAAACUACAGCAAGCUUGUCGAGACUACCCAAAAUGGAAAAGUAAACAUGACCCCAGAUACAAGCCCUGGCUCUACCCCGAACAGAUGUCUCUUCCCCCUCUUGAUCCGAACGACCUGCUCGCAAAAGAGGAAAACAUUUCAGACAAUUCGCUGGACGAGAGCGAAAUCAAAGAAGAGGAUUUCAGGGAAGGUGAUUUACAAGAUGGAGAAUUUUGAUGCCAGUGAUGAGAAAAGCCAGCUUUGUUCAUAAACAGGUGAACCAUUUUCUAGCCUAAAUUAAUAGCGUCUUCGACUUUACAAAACAAAUGAAACUAUUUUUAUAUUUGACGUGAAGUAAUUCUAAAAUAUUUGCGAUAAUUUAAAGGAAUGCUUAAGGUGAUAUGCAUUUAAUCUUUGUUAUUAUUUUGAUGGCUUCCAUAAAGCUUGGUUCAUGCGUCUUGCGAAUGCAAUAUAUUAAUUUUGGUUUUUACCCAUACACCGAUGUGUGUUAGCACAUAGAUUUUGACGUCACAAUUUCACAAUGAAUAACUCGCAAUAGGUGACUUGAGCUGAACAUUUGCUGCGAAAACAGCCCUGUGAUGUAAAAAUUUGCUUUGCAUUCACAUUUGCAGGAAGUAUGAACCAGGCUUUACACUAAGUGUUUGUGUUAAAUAAACCUGCGCAAAGCUGAAUUGUACUUUUAACUGGCAAUCAACUGAAUAACUGGGCUCUAUUUCAUAGAGCUGCGUAAGCACAAAAAGUAGCUAAGCACAACAAUAUUUUGCUCACAAUACUAAG